GUAACCUCUAUAACCUCACUUUUAAACGUCAACAUGAUUGGGAAUUUGUGCAAAAAAGGGCACUUUCUGUGUCAAAAUGCGUGCAAUUUUUUGGUGAUUCAAUGCAGAAACGCUGGGCACUCGAAAUGGCAAAAUAUAAAGCACAUAAAAGGUCUGAAGGACGCGGAAAAGUCGCAAACAUUCGGGAAAAUAGGACGCCAUAUGAAAGUUGCUGUAGCUGAGGGUGGAUCGACGGAUCCUAAAUCCAAUUUGAAGCUGGCUCAAAUCAUAGAACAAGCUAAACGGGCGAAUAUGCCACAAGCUACAAUUGCUAGUAUUUUGAAGAGUUCCCAGGCGGAUAAAAGCGGGGCAAAGUCGCAUUUAAUAGAAAUUAAAGGCCCUGGAAGUUGUAUAAUAUUGUGCGAAGUGUUUACAAGUAAUCUGAACCAAUUAAAGCAAUCAAUAGCAACAAGUUUGAAGAAAACUGGGGCUAAAUUCGGUGAUGGGGGUGGAAUGCACAUAUUCGAAGAAAAAGGAAUAAUUGAGGCUGAAAUCCCGGAAAAUCUUUUGGGAAAAGCCGAGGAAAUGAUAAUUGAGAGCGCCACUGAUCAUGCGAUUGAAAGUGGGGCUGAGGAUGUGAGAAUCGAUGAUAAAACUCUACUUUUUCUGUGCGGAAAGUCGAAUUUGAAUUCUGUGGUAACGGAGUUGGAAAACUUUAAAUACAAAGUAACCAGUGCUUCUGUAGAGUUUAUUCCACUUAAAACUCAGAGCUUGCAGGAGAUGGAGUUGCAAAGUUGCGCUAAUUUGUACGAAAGGUUGCAAAAUAUGCCUGAACUUGUCAAAUUAACAGACAACAUAGCAUAA